AUGACGAAGGAGGCUUCAUUAAAGGAUUUCAGCAGAAACGAGGCAGAAUUCGUGCAGAGACUCACGGAAGGACAGGUCAGCAACUCCGAGAUCCUGAGAAUAUGCGAGCAGGCAAUGGACGUAUUUGCAUCUGAGCCACUUCUCCUGGAACUGUCGUCAGAUAUCACCGUAGUUGGGGAUAUCCACGGGCAGUUCUUCGACCUCUUGAAGAUCCUUGCAGUAGCUCCCUCUGAGCAGUACCUUUUCCUGGGGGAUUUCGUCGAUAGAGGAGCAAAUUCCAUGGAGACGAUCGUCCUUCUCCUCUACAUGAAGGGGAAGUACCCCGAGAAAGUCUGGAUACUCCGGGGGAAUCACGAGUCGAUGAAAACCUCUUCAAACUACGGGUUUAUGGACGAGUGCGUGAGGAUGCACAGGUCGAAGCUUCUCUGGUACAAGAUAUGCCAAGUUUUUGAGUUUAUGCCGAUCUGCGGGAUCAUCGACCGGAAGAUAUUCGCAGUGCACGCAGGAAUUAGCCCGGAGUUGCGGCUGGAGGAGCUGAACGAAAUAGUCCGGGUGGGGGAUGUCCCGAAUAAGGGAGUCCUGGCGGAUCUCCUGUGGAGUGACCCGAAGGAGGAGACGGAUGGAUUCUCCCCGAGCAGCAGAGGAGUCGGGUACUACUUCGGGGAGAGUGAAGUCAACAAAUUCCUCGAGAGUGCGCGCCUGGAGAAGAUCAUACGGUCUCACCAGCUCGUGGAGGACGGGUGGAAGGAGGAGUUUGACGGGAAAGUGAUCACGAUUUGGAGUGCUCCGAACUACUGCUAUAGAUGCAUGAACAAGGCAGCAGUUGCAAAGAUCACGAAAGAGGGCGUGGAGUACUGCGAGGUUCCCGUCUCAGAGCAGCAGAGGAGGGAGACAAAGCCUCUGCAGUACUUCCUGUAG